CGUGAAUAUUAAUAAUGGCGGUUAGCCUUCUCCUUGAACAUAGCCUCGAAACCAAUAUACCAAUUCAUCAUCCAAUCACUCUUCGGUUACGGGAAUCGCAGCCUGAUUCCUAGUCUUUGUAUUCGACUUCUUGCGCAAACUAAACGCCAUUUCCACUUGUUCAACGUCAUCAUGGGCAAGGCUCCGGGUCAUCUCAAGUAUGAUGUGCACCAGCAAUGGCCUACGCCUCAUGUGAAUAAAGCGCUUGAAUCAUGGGCCAGAGCUACCGAGCUGGUGAAGACUGGUUCGGUAAUCAUCGAUGGCGAGUCGCUUGACAUUGCGUCGGUAGUAGCUCUUGCAAGAUACGGUUGCGGAGUGUCUAUCAAACGUAGCGCAGAGAUCCAGGACCGAAUCAAUGCCAGCGUUGACACAUUGCAGGGAUAUCUUGCUAAUGGAUAUUUCCUCUAUGGUGUGAACACGGGCUUCGGUGGAAGUGCCGAUACACGAACCAAGGACCUCCUUGGCCUCCAGCGAGCUUUGAUGCAGCACACCCAGAGUGCCAUUCUCACGGCCCAAGACCGAUCGGAUUCUCAAAGCAGUCAUGAAUACCUCGAGUCCCAUAGCAUGCCCAGUGCGUGGACAAGAGCAACUAUGCUGCUCCGCUGCAAUACGAACAUCCGCGGCCAUUCGGCAAUGACAGCAAAUGUUGUCGACACCAUGAUUCGGUUACUGCAACAUGACAUCGUGCCCAUUGUUCCCCUUCGAGGUUCGAUCUCAGCCUCUGGCGAUCUGAUGCCGCUAUCGUACAUCUCAGGGGCUAUACAAGGAAACCCAGACGUAUACGUCCGAGUCGGUGGAAACCGGGGAUUCCACAAGACCAUGACGGCGGAACAGGCCCUUAGGGGAGCUUCAAUUGAGCCCGUUGUCUUGGGACCCAAGGAAGGUCUCUCUUUGAUCAACGGCACCGCAGCUGCUGCGGCCGUGGCUACUCUUGGCCUCUACGAAGCCAACCAACUUGCCGUUAUCUCUCAACUGUUGACGGCACUUUCUUCAGAGGCCCUGUAUGCUAAUAACGAGUGGGCACAUCCUUUCAUCGCCGCUGUCCGGCCGCACACCGGCCAGAUCGAGGCAGCCCAGAACAUCCGGAACUUCCUCUGGGGCUCGAAGUUGAUCUACGGCCUGGAACAGACCAAGGAUCGUUUCAAAUCCGGCUUGGCUCAGGAGAGAUACGCUCUGCGGAGUUCUCCCCAGUGGUUGUCUCCUCUCUUGGAAGAUCUGAUGAGCGCUGAGCGCCAGCUCACCGUCGAGAUUAACUCGACGACGGACAAUCCCGUCGUCAAUGUCAGUGACAACGACAUUCACUGCGGUGCAAACUUUCAAGCUGCUGCCGUCACUUCGGCCACGGAGAAGAUUCGCCUCGCACUGCAGAGUAUCGGAAAGAUGCUAUUCAGCCAGACGACUGAGAUGAUCAACCAUGACUUGAGCAAUGGCCUGCCGCCCAACCUGGCCGCCGACGACCCAAGUCUAUCAUUCUGCCUGAAGGGUAUCGACGUCAACACUGCGGCCUAUACUUCCGAGCUGGGUUUCUUGGCGAAUCCUGUUAGCAACCACGUCCAGUCGGCCGAGAUGCACAACCAGGCCAUCAACUCCCUCGGCCUGCUUUCCGCCCGCCAAACCAUGAACGCGGUCGAAGUUCUUUCGCUUAUUGUCGCCAACUGCCUGUACACGGGCUGUCAGGGCGUGGAUCUGCGUACCCUGCACAGGACAUUCCUGGCACAGGUGCAAGAGCCUGUGAGGAAGCUCGUCUCUGCCCUGGUCGACGACGACGAGGAGAAGGCCACGUCGCUGUUCAAAGCGCAGUGGAAUCUCUUUGAGGAAGCCUGGUAUGAUUAUUCUUACCUCGAUGCCGGUGAGCGUUGCGAUAAGGUAUCUGAGAGUCUGGCUACGGCCGCGCUCAGUUGCGCUCACCUCACAGGGGGGCUCGCCGUCGCGAAACUCGAGGAGGCCCGCCAAGCCCUCAGCUCCUUAGUAUUGGAGUCGUACGAGGCUCACCGCGAUGCCUUCUUCCAUAACCCGACCACGCCUGAUCACCUGGGUCAGGGCACCAGAGUGGCGUACUUGUUUGUGCGCGAGCGGCUUGGUGUUCCCUUGCACCGCGGUUUGGUUGAGCACCCGGUCGCCAAUGACCCCAGCGGCAACAUGAUAGAGGGCCGGCCUAAAAAGACAAUUGGGUCGUGGGUCUCUACCAUCUACGAGGCCGUCCGUGAUGGUUCCCUAUACGGUGAGAUGUUCCGCUUCUUGGAGACGGUUGGUCAGGAGAAGGAGAAUGGGAGCAACGGUGAUGUGCUGUCGAAACACCAUGGAGGUAAUGGGGUCGUACCAGUGAAACAGAACGGGAACCAUGGUCCUAAUGGAACAAACGGGACUAAUGGAACAAAUGGGACUAAUGGAACCAACGGUGCCAACGGAACCAAUGGAUUUCACGGUUCCCAUUAAACAGGUGGAACGAAUAGUACCACUACGCAUGAUGCACUAGUUAGUUUGAGCGGCAGUAUUGAACACAGUGGGUUACCCCAGUGAA